CUGACCAAGUCAAUCGUCAUGUCACACGGAGACUCUCCCGAGGCUAGACGUCCCAGCGGCAGCGAUUCGAGAGCGUCCCAACAGGACUCGCAAGAGGCGGCAACUCUUUUAGAGCAUCUCUGCAAGUUGGACAUCUACAGCGCUCCCAAGUCAAAUCGUCUUACGUCAAUCAUCUGUACGCUCGGGCCUGCAUCAAGGAAUGAGUCUGUCUUGACAGAACUGAUUAAGCCAGCUUAUAUGAACAUAGCGCGUCUGAAUUUUUCUCAUGGCACACAUCAGUAUCAUGCUGAGACAAUUGCAAUGGUGAGGAAGGUUGCAAGCGCAUUACAGAAGACUGUUGCUAUUGCUUUGGACACGAAAGGACCAGAGAUCAGAUUGGGGCUAUUAGAAGGAGGUGGCUCUGCUGAGGUUGAACUAAAACGAGGCAAUCGUAUCAAGCUCAUGACUGAUCCCAAAAUGAAAGAGAGUGGGACAGCGGAUAGUGUGUAUGUUGACUACAAGAACAUUGUGAAGGUCGUUGACGUUGGUGGCACUAUCUACAUUGAUGAUGGCCUUAUGUCUGUCGUAGUGAAAGAAAAGGGUGCUGACUACCUGUUGUGUGAAAUUGAUAACGGUGGAAUGCUGGGCAGUCGCAAGGGAGUUAAUCUUCCUCAUGCUAAUGUUGACUUGCCUGCCAUCUCUGAGCAAGAUCGCCGAGAUCUGUGCUUUGGUGUGGAGCAAGAUGUUGAUAUGGUGUUUGCGUCGUUUAUUCGUAAAGCAGACGAUGUUCAUCAGGUGAGGACUGUUCUUGGCGAGAAAGGAAAGGACAUUCUGAUUAUUUCUAAGAUCGAGAACCAUGAAGGAAUGAGGAAUUUCAACGAAAUCUUGAAUGCCAGUGAUGGCAUAAUGGUUGCACGUGGUGAUCUUGGUAUUGAAAUUCCUGCACAGAAGGUGUUCCUUGCUCAGAAGAUGAUGGUGGGGCGAUGCAUCAAGGCCGGAAAGCCUGUCAUUUGUGCUACCCAAAUGCUCGACAGCAUGAUCAAUAAUCCACGUCCUACAAGGGCAGAAGGAUCAGAUGUAGCAAAUGCUGUGCUUGAUGGAGUAGAUUGCAUUAUGCUCAGCGGAGAAACAGCUAAAGGCAAAUACCCAGUGCAGUCUGUUAAGAUGAUGCACAACAUCAGUCGUGAAGCUGAAGCUGCACUGUUUCAUCGUCAUGUGUUUGAUGAUAUCAAGAGAAACUAUGCCCUCAUCAGAGAUAAUGUGGUUGCUAUUGCAAUUGCAGCCGUUUCAGCUUCAUUUGAGACUAACGCUGGAGCCAUUAUUUGUUUGUCCACAACAGGAAGGACUGCUAAGAUUUUGUCUAACUUCCGCCCUCAUUCUGGAGUCUUAACAGUGACUCGAGAUCAGCGUGUUGCAAGACAGAUCCAUCUGUGGCGAGGGUGCUACUCUCUUUACUAUGACAAACCGACAAUUCAACCGUGGGAAGAAGAUGUAGAGGCUCGAGUUCAGUGGGGCAUCAGUCAAGGAAAAGUGCGUGGAGUCCUCCACAAAGGAUCGAAGGUUAUUGUUGUUCAAGGGUUCCGUCCGGGACCACACUCUACCAAUACCAUUAGGAUCCUCGAAUGUGACUGAUGCUGCCAUGCGUGCUUCUAAUAAUGAGGUGACUGAUAUCAAGUCAAAUAUUGUAUGGUGUUAACGUAAUGCGUCUGUAGUUACUGUUUGGGUAGUUGAGCAUACAAUCAAUAGAAGUAUUUACUUGUGCACUUA